UCCUGGGGCUUCAGGGCCUCGCUGUGCUUUCGUGUUUCCAGCAUGCAGCAUGGCAUGAUCACUUCAGCCAGAGCUGCUUUUCCUUCUGAGGCUUUGCCUGAGACAAGGCAGAGCUGGAGGCUGGAGACUGAGCCUCCUAGACCUUUAGCAGAGGGGGUAGACCCCCUAGACCCUAUGUGGAGCUACAUCACAAAGGAGCUCUCAAGCUGUACCUGGACCAUAGGUCAGAUGCUUGCACAGAUCCUGGAGAAAAGGAGAGUCUGGACUGGGUAAGCACACUGGUGUUCUGGACCAUGGACUCGAUGAGAAUCUCCCUAGUGUGAAAAUGUCGAGCAGCAACCGGGAAUUAGUGAUUGACUUUAUAUCCUACAAGCUGUCACAGCGAGGACACAGCUGGAGUCAGCUUGAGGGGCAGGAUGAGACCAGGACUGAGUUUGCAGGAGAGGAGGACAUGGCAAGUGUCCCGAACGGGAGUCCGUCCUGGCAUCCCGCUGCCAGCCACGUAGUGAAUGGGGCUGCUGGACACAGGAACAACCUGGAAGCCCAGGAGAGUGUUCCGGCGGCUGAAGUGCGGCAGGCGCUAAGGGAGGCGGGAGACGAGUUUGAGCUGAGGUACCGCAGGGCCUUCAGUGACCUCACAUCCCAGCUCCACAUCACCCCUGGCACAGCAUACCAGAGCUUCGAGCAGGUGGUGAAUGAACUGUUCCGGGAUGGAGUGAACUGGGGGCGCAUCGUGGCCUUUUUCUCCUUCGGAGGGGCCUUGUGUGUGGAGAGCGUCGACAAGGAAAUGCAGGUGCUGGUUGGACGUAUUGUCUCGUGGAUGACCACCUACCUGACCGACCACCUCGACCCCUGGAUCCAGGAGAACGGCGGUUGGGAGCGGUUCGUGGAUCUCUAUGGCGAUGACGCUGCAGCCAAGAGCAGGCGGGGCCAAGAGCGUUUCAACAAGUGGCUCCUGACCGGGGCCACGGUGGCCGGCGUGCUUCUGCUGGGCUCUCUGCUCAGCCGCAAGUAGCCGGCGUGGCCCCCUCCCCGCCCGGGCGCCCUCCCCCAUGACCAGGCACCCACAACACUGUAUGGCAGCAGGAACAUUCCAGGGGCAGCGCCCCUGCCCACCCCCACCCCACCCAGCAUCCAGGCGUGAUUCCCAGGUGCCCCUUGCCCCUGGCGCUCGCUGUCCUGCCGCUGAGACCAAUGCAGCGUGCGCCUCUGGGCUGGGGGCCCCAGGCCCCCCCCCCACCUCCAACCACAGCAUGGAGGGGAACACCUCCCUUUCCCCCCCGCAGGAUCCUUAGAGGUAUCUUCUGUUAGAAAAAACAGACUUGUUGGUGUGUGUGUGUGUGUGUGUGUGUAGCUGUCACUAAUACCAAGCCUUGUGGGUGGGGAUAGGAGCCAGGGACCAUUUCCAUCCCCCCCUCCAGGCUUCCUGUGCAUGUGUUGUGAAUCUAGGGAGGUUGGUACCACCUUUGCCGUCCACCUGUGGCCCUGGAAGGGGCUCUGAGCUGGCGGCAGUGCAGGGGACAUAGUGAGGCAUGUGUCUGCCUAACAAAAUGACCCACUCCCAGGGCCCCUGUAAGGCAACUAUUGCCUGGGAGUGGGACCAUGCCUGGCACCAGUCAGAAGGGGUCAGGGCAGCACAGAGUCAGUGCAUGGUUGUUCCCUCUGCCAUGGGGACCGCUCUCCACACCCCAGCCUGCUCUCCCUGCUGCUGGCUCCCUGUCUCCAAGGGGCAGGGCCAGGCCCUACUCUGAGUCUUGUGACAGGGCCUGGUCCUACCUCCCUGCUCUCCCCCUCUGAAAGUGGCUGGCUGCGGUGGCACCUUCCCUGCAUCCACUGCUGCUCCGACCGUCUCCAGCCCCCAGCAGGUAACCUGCUUUGCUCUGCUAUUAGCAGCUGUGCGCAUGCUGCAGAGACCCUCCAGGCACUUGGGCCAGGGCAUGGAAAGGGGCUAGUGCUCCUGCCCCAGGCAGGGCAGACAGGAGCUGAAAAUGCUGCAAAGGCAGGAAGAUCUGGGCAGAGGAAAAACACAGUGCCAGCAGCCGCACCAGGGAGGUGUUUACCUAGGCUCACGUCUGCUGGCACAGCUCCCCCAGGGGCCCAGGUGGCGGCUUCCCAAGCCCCUUCCAGCAAGCGCAGAAAUAAACAGGGCUGCACUCGGGGAGCAGCACACCCUCUCAUCUGCCUGCCCUGCCCCUGCAGGAGUGCUGGGCUGGGGGGUACCCCCAAGGGGCAAGCCUGACAGCAUUCCCCUCCCUGGGCCCAGUGGGAGGCGGGAGAUAAAUGUCUCAGGAAACCGGGGAGCCUGGCAGCUGCCGCACGGCUGUGGCUAAGGCCCAGAGAGAGUGUGUGUGUGUGCGUGUGUGCAUGUGUGCGCGCAGGGUGAGCUGAGCAGCAGCAAGGUGGCCCUGGAGGUGGGGGUGGGGGAAAAAGGGGGCAGGGGGCUGCUGGAAACAUUGCUUGAGGUUUCUCAGGUGAGCUCCAAGACUUGGUCCCAGGGCGCACACGCCUGGGGCAGGGCUGGGAGUGGGGAGGGUGAAUCUCUCAGGCAGGCUGCAGCUUCAGAGCUGGGGGUGCUCGUCGGCCUCAUUUUCAGCAUGGCUGCACCUUUUGGGAGAGCUCCUGCCUGCCCUUCUCCCCCCAGCCCUCCACCAGCACCCCCAGCCCACUGUGCUCCCCACACGGGCCAGCUGCUCUGGCAGCUCCUGGGGCAGGUGUGGGAGUGAGAAGCUUGCAGCACCAGUUAUCCCCCUUGGGCAAGGGAUAGUCCCAGCCCUGGCCGGGGGCAUGAGUUCCCCGUGCAGCUGUCUGAGGACGCAGCCCCGCGGCUGGCGGGCACCCGGCUCCAUGCCCAGCCACGCCGCGCCGCUGUACAUAGCCCAGAGUAGUUUUAUUCAUGUGUGAAGAUGCUGAGACUAUUUUUGUUAACGGUGUGUCUGUAUUUAUGUGUGUUGGCCGUGCUCCCUCGUGACCCCUCUGCGCGCAGUGGGCUGGCGCCGGCCCCCCCCGGAUCGGGGCUGGGCGCCCCAGACACUAAGCAGUGCCCCUGCACGAUCGGCUCGCAGCCCCCCACCCCAGCCCCUCCCCGCGCAGGCCGUUGGCUGGAAGCAGCCCCUGCGGCACACGGCAGCGUCUGAUGUGCUGUGACCUGCAGGUGGAGGUGCAGUCCACUAAUAAACUCUGUUGUUGGA